CCGCUUCAGAUUCACACUUCCAAAGUUCAAGCUUGCWAAUUGUUGACUUUAGCUCUGGGCACCACUGCUUUUAUGAAAAUGAGGAAUCUUCUUCCAGCGGUUUUACUUGGUCUUCUUGCCGUGAUCCACUCCWCACCUAUUGACUCUAUGACCCAGAUYCCUGCMAGGCCAGAGGAGGACGUUCUGGAAGAGGCCAUGACUGAUGGGUUCCUUGUUGAACAUUUUGCUGGCCCCUCAUUCACAACUGAGCCACCCAAAAUAAAUACAACAGUUCAGGCAUCCCAGCAGCCAUCUUUGGAAAUCUUACCAGAGGGCAGCGGUUUCUACCCUGCUUCUAUGACUGAAUCACAUGAAAUGACCACAACCAACGUGCARACAUUCUUUGCUGACGCAAGUGAGGGCAGUGGUUUCUUGGGGAYAACUACUUCACCAACAACCGAAACACCUGMAAUCACUAGAACUAUUUCUCCAUCUCCACAAGUGACCUUUGAAACCACAGUCGRAGRAAGUGGCUUCACAGAAUCCCCUACAACAGAAUCAUCCAAGCUAUCUACAUYRAUUCCACAGACAAGCACAGAUUUCCUAGCAGGUGAUAAUGAUGACAGUUCASUUUUCAGUUUAGGURCCACRACAACAUCUCCGAGUGUUUCAGCUGCAUUGACCCCUACCUCCACAAUGGAGUCUGUGCAAUCACCAUYCAUUGAAGAUUCUCARGGGCCACUACUCAGAAGCUUUAACAGAGGAUUGGGAWCAAAUCAAGAGGAGGUCUCUACCGAUGGAGUUUCAACAAAACAAGUUCAUCACCCCCAUGAAGAUGAAGGCAUUCACAAAGGACACAGCACACCUGAUUGGAUCAUCAUCCUUGCAUUUCUAGUUGCACUGGCUGCACUUAUAGCUCUUUGCGCUGCCAUUGCUACCAGAGACAAAUGGAAUGGUCCAGAGCAGAUAUCUGAGAAAAAAACGAAUGCUUCGAACCAGAAGAGGGAGCAGGAGAUGCAGACUUUCCUGCACAAAGAGGAACCCAAAGAGAAUGGAAUGGAAACUGAGUACACGGUUAUUCCACUGGACGAUCUUGCUGAUCAUCACUCAUAAGACUGAGUUUGAGAGACCGACCCUAUGCAGACUCACCUGUUAAUCAUAAGACUGUUUCUUAAAGGAUCUAAAAUUUGAACUGAGGAACAAAACCUGACUGUUAAUCAGAAUUAAUUCUGGGCUUUAUCUGGCAGUCAAAAUGAUGCUUUUCUUUUUUUUUUCUUUUUUAAUGAUGCCUUUCAAAAGCUUUAACGAGACCUGUACUUGAAAUGGUAAAAAAAAAAAAUGCCUGAGAUAUUUAUUGCCAUAAUCAUCUUUUUUUUAUUACUUGUAAAAUAGACAACCGUUUGAGUGGUGCACAAAUAUAUUUUAUUUCAUUUCAACAAGAAAAGAUUUUACAAUGUAUAUUAUUUUAUCCUCAUUUUUUACUUUCUUACAAUUUUUAUUUUUUAAAAUGUGUGUUUGUUUUAAUAUUAUCAGAGAGCCUUGAUAGUAAUCUUAUUGAAUAAUGUAUUGUGAGUUCUAACUUAUGUGAAACUGCUCUGCUGCUUUCCCAUCUUCAUUUUGCAAGCUGAGAGCGCUGAACAGGGCUCAGCCUGAUAACUCCGCUGCUCUUCCUUCUCCCACACAGCACUUCAAAGGUUGUGAAAUGCACUUGCCGAAUAUUCAUUGCAUCCCACGUCAAACAGGAAAUAAACACAACAGAAACACA